UCUUCCACUUCCGGUAAAGAUGGCGCUGAGCAGAGGAGUGUUACUGUGGAGGACAUGCAGCAGGGUGAUACCCAGACAGCCUACCUUCGUCCCCGCUACUAUCCGGACACACAGCACCAUUAGCGGACCCCUGGUCCCGCAGACCUCCCUCUCCAACCCACCGUGGCCAGAGCCAGUCCCGGUGUCCCCGGAGGAGGAGCGGAGCCGACACUCGGCCGUAGUGAGCGCCGUGAACCAGAAGAUCCUCCAGCAGGACUUCGGCCGGCUGUUCGCUGUGGUUCACAUCGCCGGUAGACAGUGGAAGGUGACCCCCGAGGAUCUGAUCCUGCUCGAGAACCACAUCGAUGCGGAGUGCGGGGAGAGGAUCCGGAUGGAGAAGGUGCUGCUGGUCGGGGCGGAGGAGUUCACCCUGAUCGGGAGACCCCUGCUGGGGAAGGACCUGGUCCGAGUGGAGGCCACCGUGAUCGAAAAGACUGAAUCCUGGCCCAAAAUCCACAUGGUCUUCUGGAAGAGACACCGGUACCAGAGGACGAAGACCAUCAUCCAGCCACAGACGGUUCUGAGGAUCAACAGCAUCCAGCUGGCCCCAAAUCUGUCCUGAUGGAGAGGAGGGGGCCCAAAUCUGUCCUGAUGGAGAGGAGGAGGGGCCCCAAAUCUGUCCUGAUGGAGAGGAGGGGGCCCAAAUCUGUCCUGAUGGAGAGGAGGAGGGGGCCCAAAUCUGUCCUGAUGGAGAGGAGGAGGGGGCCCAAAUCUGUCCUGAUGGAGAGGAGGAGGGGGACCCCACUUCCCUGAUAGAGAGGAGGACUGUGAUUACCUCACAUAGUGACUUUUUCUUUAUCAGUAAUUAUUUAAAGGUUCUACAAUCAUGGAGCUCUAUGUUGACAUUCAGAGUUGUUUUUUUAUGCAGUUUAAACACUGUAAGAAUGUUUUUUUUCUGUAAAUAAAGUUUCAUAA